UUAAUUUUUUUUUUUUUUUUUUAAAGGGAGAUUUUGUUUAGAGGCGGCGCUUGUUGGCUCCGGAGUAGCGUCGUAACGACACUUUUUUCCCUCUCCCCCCCCCAGUCCCUGUUGAAAGAGUUUGACCAGGGCCAGAGUUGGUGCUGGGGGGUCGCUUAGGUUUUAGCUUAGUAAUAACCAGGGGGGUGAUUACUGAUUUUUCUUCUAAUUCCAGUAUUUUUUUUUUCUAUUUUGUUUUAUUUAAUUUCUUUUUUUCCCUACUCCACGCCACCGCUGUCUCUCUCUGAGAUCUGACAGCAUUUGGAGAUUUUCCUUUCAGAUCAUGAACAAACUAUAUGUUGGCAAUUUAAGUCCUUCGGUCACUGUCGAGGACUUACAGCAGCUCUUCGAGGAGAAGCAGCUGCCUGUGGCCGAGCAGGUCCUCCUGAAAUCCGGCUAUGCUUUUGUGGACUUCCCCGAUCAGAACUCGGCCAUAAAGGCUAUAGAGAACCUCUCCGGUAAAGUCGAAUUACACGGAAAGGUGAUAGAAGUAGACUACUCUGUUCCAAAACGACUAAGGAGUCGGAAGAUCCAGAUCCGGAACAUUCCCCCUCAUCUACAGUGGGAGGUUUUGGAUGGCCUUCUAGCUCAGUAUGGUACCGUAGACAACGUGGAACAAGUGAACACUGACACAGAAACAGCUGUGGUGAAUGUUACAUACGCAACCAAGGACGAAGCUAAAGUAGCCAUUGAGAAGCUCACAGGACACCAGUUUGACAACUACUCCUUGAAGGUGUCGUAUAUUAUGGACAUGGAUGCUGCUCCACCCGUUCAAGCGCCCCGUGCUCGGCGUGGGGGGCGAUCUUCCCGGGACUACGGUGCCCCUCAGCCAGGGCCGUCAGGGAGUUACAGUUCGCCCCGCCCCAGACAACAGGACUUUCCCCUGCGUAUUCUCGUGCCUACUCAGUUUGUGGGAGCCAUUAUUGGGAAGGAAGGCCUCACCAUCAAGAAUGUCACCAAGCAGACCCAAUCCAAGGUGGAUAUUCAUCGGAAGGAAAAUGCAGGUGCAGCAGAAAAACCCAUCACAAUCCACUCGACACCCGAGGGUUGCUCCUCUGCCUGCCGCAUGAUCCUGGACAUCAUGCAGAAGGAAGCCAACGAGACCAAGACGAAUGAGGAGAUCCCUCUGAAAAUCCUUGCCCACAACAGCCUCGUGGGCCGACUGAUUGGAAAAGAGGGCCGCAACCUGAAGAAGAUCGAGGAGGAGACAGGGACCAAGAUUACCAUCUCCUCAUUGCAAGACUUAACUAUUUGCAACCCUGAGAGGACCAUCACGGUGAAGGGCAGCUUGGAGGCUUGUUGUAAAGCCGAGGUGGAGAUCAUGAAGAAACUGAAGGAAGCCUACGAGAACGACAUUGCUGCUAUAAAUCAACAGGCCAACCUGAUCCCAGGCUUGAACCUGAACGCUCUGGGAAUCUUCUCCUCUGGUCUGCCGGUGCUGCCCCCUGCUGCUGGAUCACGUGGCGCAGUUCCCCCUAUGCCUCCAGCAGGAUACAACCCUUUCUUAAGUCACUCUUCACAUCUCAGUGGCCUGUACGGGGUUCCUCCAACAAGUGCCAUCCCCCACCAGCACUCACAACAGGCUCCUGAACAGGAGGUCGUCUACCUCUUUAUUCCAACUCAGGCAGUCGGGGCCCUGAUAGGCAAGAAGGGCCAGCACAUCAAACAGCUUGCCCACUUUGCAGGAGCUUCCAUUAAGAUAGCCCCAGCUGAGAGUCCAGAUGUUACUGAGAGAAUGGUUAUUAUUACAGGAACUCCUGAAGCUCAAUUUAAGGCCCAGGGUCGGAUAUUUGGAAAGCUGAAAGAGGAGAACUUUUUUUCUGCAAAAGAAGAAGUCAAACUGGAGACACACAUCAAGGUUCCUUCGAGUGCAGCUGGCAGGGUUAUCGGCAAAGGUGGCAAAACGGUAAAUGAACUGCAGAACCUUACGAGCGCAGAGGUGAUCGUACCGCGGGACCAAAUUCCUGACGAGAAUGACGAGGUCUUUGUGAAAAUCAGCGGGCAUUUCUUUGCCAGCCAGACUGCACAGAGGAAGAUUCGGGAGAUCAUUCAGCAGGUAAAACAGCAGGAGCAGAAGCACCAGCAGGGCCCCCCUGAGUCACCGCACCACUCCAAGUGACCAGUGAGGCAGCUCCAGUGGGCACCAGCCAAUGAAUGUAGCCCUCCUAAAAAGACAGAGACCUACCCAGACUAAGGUCAAGGCCAAGGGGAAAAUGCAGGGCAGACCAGCAGCAUCGGGAUCAAAACCAAAGAACUUCACUAGGGGGAUACAAGUGAGAGCCAAAGGCUGAGGGCAUUGUGUGCACUGCCAACCCCUUUGAGACGGAGUGGAAGAAAACAUAAUAAUAUCACGAAAAAGACCAAAAAAAAAUUUGACAGGAUAGGUGGAAAUGGCAGAGAAUUUGAGAACUCUUAUUAUCAGUUUAAAAAAAGGUCUAACAUGACAUGUUUACCCUGCAUACUGUUAUCCCUUUAGUUGGACUAACAUAGGCCUAACCAACAGAUCAAAGCGAUGAAACAAGUCGAUCUCCACAAAUGCACAUAAAGGCAAUGGGACUGAUGUUUAGAGAAAUUGGUUGCAUCCUCUCACAGCCGUUUGGGACAUUUAGACUGUGAGAUUAAAUCUUCUAAGCAGUAUUAACACUGAGUAGAAAGUAUUUUCAUAGGCCUUGAGAGCACGCACUGUGAUUUCUUUUUAUGAAAAUGACAGGACAGCUCACUUUGAUUAAAAGAUUGGGCUGUGGUUUGUUCCCAUCUUAGUCCACUGAAAUCGAAAAAAGCUCCUAUGAGUAAAUCCAUGAAUGAGUCUUUUUAACAAGCCUGUGUGUGUGCCAACGCAAAAGAUAACGUCCCUCUGGAAUAAUUCUCACCAAUCUUGUCUAGAGCUUUGCUCCGUGUUUUUAAUCUUCAUCUCCUGCUGAUUUCUGCUUCUUCACUUCUUCUCAUCUUAUGUUUUUUUAAUGGGUUUAAAAAAUAUCUUCUGUUAAAAAACUCUUGUUUUCGUAGCCUUUCGAUGUCAUUGAACUGACUGCCACUUUCGCUCAAGAGGUUUUAUGCAACUGAGGGGAUUGUUAAUAUCUUUUUUUAUUUUUUUUUAACUGGUGUCACUCCCAAAAACAUCAAAAACAAGCGCUUUGUCCUGAUGUUUAAGCAAAGUCUAUAAAGCCUUUCACUUUAAUCACAGCAAAAUAAGGAGAAUUUUUACAGAAAUUGUUCACUUUUGUGAAUGAACAACCAUUUUAUUUGAAUGUGCACUGCUGCAGCCUCAUCAGGACGUCCCAAAGAGCCCAUUGUUAACUGAGGGCCGGGAAAGAGGACAAAGAUGGGUGAGAAAAACCCAGAAUAGGUAAGGCAGCAGUGGAAACUUUACAAGGGGUGGGGUAGUGGUGUUUGGGGACACUGUAUGACCCUGUGGUACACACACAACGGCAAACGUGACCGCAGCCGCAUUUGGCUUUAACCCUGCCUUUGUCAGGGAGCUUUUUGAAAACAAACAGACAAACAAACUAAAAAAUGGCGUGACAGCUGUGAAUGUACAAUAUGCAGCCUUUUCUUGAAAAUAUCACCCCUGCUGUGUCCAGCAGGCCGGACCAGCGGCACAUAGCACACAAAAUUGUUAUCCUCCCGCACGCUGUUCCCCCCCCCCCCUUAAUUUCGCUAUCAGAGGUUUUGGUUCAGUGGGCCUGCUGGAGCUGGACAUGCAGGUCCCAGUGUUCCUCUGGGCUUUACUUUGAAAAACGCAGAAGCUUGUUGCCUUAUUUCGCCACCUUCUCAAAAUCACCCAUGAGCUUCAUCUUCCAGACGCAAGGUUAUUGCCAACAUGCACAGCUUCCUUUGUGUGUGUAUGUGUGCGCGCACAUGCACGCGUGUGUGUAUAUAUAUAUAAAUAAAUAUAUAUAUACAUAUAUAUAUAAAAAGAGAGAGUAAUAUUUAUGAAUCUAUUUUUUUUCCUAUUUUGUGAUGAGAACUAUUGAUAAGAAACAAAAAGAAAAAAACAAAAGUCCUUUUUUUUUCUUUUCACAGUGGGACACUGCCAUAUUAUUUUGAAGGGAAGUGUUUUAUUUUCUUGAAAGACUAAACUAUGAAUAAUAAUAUAAAGAACAAAACCAUGGAAAAAAAAGAAACUGGGAGAACAGUUCAAGUGAACCACCAUGUUAACUUUGGUAAGGAUGUGAACAGUGCGCAUGUCAGUAUUGUGAUCUACCUCAGGCUUCAGGGUACCUCAGUCCAAUCUUUCAUUUCCCCUUUUUCCACAUUUUGUAUGCCUUGUUAACUGAUCAUUUUUAGUUUUUCUUUAUUUUGAAAUGAAAAAAAAAAUCUUACAGUAAUCUCUACACUCUUCAGGACUAGUGACAUUUUUGUAGUCAACUGCAUUGGGACUGUGUUUACCUGGACGCCGUGCAUCCUCUCGGUGAAAACACGGCGACGGAUUUCUUAAGUACAUUUUGGAAGAUUUAGGGGGUUCAUACUGACCCGCUGUGGUUCUGAAUAUGGAUUGUACUGAUUUCACAGUCAGAGAAACACAAAUAAAUACAAUCAGUUGAUAGAAAACCGAUACUAACCAACUGUACCUCCUGUUUUUUGAGACUUUUAAAGAAAAAAAAGAAGCUUUUUCCUUUCUGGGAGAGGAUUUUAAUUUUUCUUUUUGUAACCUUACCAGCUCUGUUUGAUAACAGCAAACUCUGGGGUUGAUUUGGAAAUUCAAAGCUGCAAAAACACACUGACAGGACUCUUGAACUUGGUGUUAAAGCCUGGUCUUCUGUGUAGAAUGUAGUAAAACUCUAGUCGUUGAAAUGUCACUGUGUACGACAAUAAAACUGUAUAUCUGUAAACAUGUACAAUAGUCACACACAAAUGCUUUGUGUUCUGUCUGUAACAGCAGUCUGCCCCGUUUUGUGAUCUCUAAAAUGUUUCCCCAUCAGUCUGCCAAUGUCAUUUCUUUUGCUGUGCUGUACAUUUUACCUCUGAAUCCAAGGCUGACUUUAGUUCAAACAAUGUAGGAUAGAGGAAUUACGUCAACCGUUUAAGUCAAAGUUAGUGUUUACCUUUUAAACUGGUUAGUGUUGUUUUGUUUUUUUGAUUUUACUUGUGGAGGGCAGACUUUUACCAUCCGAUGAGCUGGAGGUUUGUUUCCUUUUUGUCCCGGUGAACACAGACGAGCAGUGCUAAAAUAAAACUAUCUCAAUUCACACAAUGCCUGAGGCUGCUGCUGCUGCUGCUGCCACCGCUGCAGUGGGCCUCCCCACGGCCGGUACAGUACCUCAUACAUAAUGAUGAUAGCUCUCCAGACCUGGUUCAAGUACCCUGACCGUACCUGUGUAAAGGCAGGACGGCCCUUUCAUUCAGACGUUUGACUCCGGUGGUGUUCUGCGUCACUUCAGCAGAGCGUGUGCUGCAGAUAUCUGCUGCCGACAGUAGCACUGGACGUUGUGUAUCUUACCUUCUUGUCUGUCUGGUUUAGUUUCUUUUUCUUUAGAGCAGCUUUAUGGUUCUUGUCCUGCAUUGCAGAGGACUCCUCAGACUUCUGCUUCUCUUGUGUUUUGGCUGUUUGUAGACAGAUUUCCCUCUGACUGGUCGAGUUUUGCUGAAUUGUUGUGAGGAACAUCCUGAUCCGUUGGACCCUCUGAGACGAAAUUCUGUAAAGAUGAUAGUAACCCUUUUUUUUUUCCACUUCUAAGGAUUGGUGUUUCUAGGUUUUGUGGGUGUUGCUAGGCAUUAAUUAUCAGUACCAGAAAACCACAAGUACACACUUCACAGAGGGAGCUGAGUGUCGUUAGUAGUAUCACACAGUGGUUGAAUAGCUUAGGCUUUCUUUUGUUUUCUGUUGAUCGGGUUUUCUCGUCAUUUACACUGAUAGGAGGAUAUAGUCUGGAGCUGUAGCUGGGAUUGCUUAAUAUUCAUUCCUGUUAGAUCACUACCAAUAAUACUAGUGUUGAAAUUGUGGUUGAAAAUGAUUUCCUAGCUAGAACUUUGAGCGAUGGAAUUGGAUUGGGAGAGGAAAAAGCAAAGUAUGCAUUUUAGCUUGACAUGGUGAAGGAGAGAGAGGCUUAUCAGGUGUGAAAGUUGUUUUGCCUUUGGGAGUGAGCACAGGGCAUCCGGCGCCAUCUUAGAACUCUCCGGACCAGGUGAUGGAGGGAUUUUGUUAGAAAUAGCAGAACCACAGCAGUGUUUGUUGUCUUUUCUUGUUUUAACGCAGAGCAUUGCAUGAGAUUGAUACAGGAGAUCCAGUAUGUACCGCACUUCAUAUAGCACUAGACUUUAAACAGUUUUUAUUUUAUUUUACAGGGAUCCGGUUCUUAACUGCAUUUCACCAUUCGGGAGAUUCCUUUUGUUUCCUCUGUAGGUCACAAAGUCCUACAUUUCCCAUGGACCAAAAGGUCCCCAACACCUCAAAGUAAUCGGUGGUUGAACAGACAUUUGAUCCAUUCUUUUUUUUAAAAGCAUCACAUGUGGAUCCAUGCCUUCCUGGUAAACAGCCAAGCUGUUCUUUUGAGUUGUGAGUGAACUGUAUUGCUGAGCAACCUGGAUCAGAGCAAUAAA